AUGAAUAACAUCGACCUAGGCCGGUACAAGCGUAUGAUACAAUAUUUCUGGGAUGCCGAGCCCAAAAAUGAACAAGGUCCAGGGUCAAAGAUAUGGUGUUUGGGGAAUGACAACAAGGACGAGAGCAACGUCGGUCAAACAGCAGAUCCAGGCACAAAGUCUACACAAGAUACUACACAGGUAAACGACAGCGGAACUCAUGAUAUCACCAAAUCCGAUAAAGACGACAAACACACCGACUCUGUAACAACAACUGAAGAGUCAUCGAAAAAUCUCGGCUGGCCCAGGCCCUUUCUCGAUGACUUUGAAUCAAAAAUCUGGAUGACAUACAGAUCCAACUUCCCGCCCAUCGCAAGAUCCGAAGAUGCAAAUGCAGCACAAGCCAUGACGCUCAGCGUCCGGCUGCGGAGUCAGUUGACUGAGCACCACCAAGGAUUUACGUCAGAUACAGGCUGGGGGUGCAUGAUACGGUCUGGACAGAUGCUUCUGGCCAAUGCGCUGGCUAUUUCAAGGUUAGGUCGAGACUGGCGGCGAGUUAGUCAUACGACGGAAGAGAAUAAGCUGCUUUCAUUAUUCGCAGAUGACCCGGCUGCUCCGUUCUCGAUUCAUCGGUUCGUGAGACACGGGGCUCUGUACUGCGGGAAACACCCAGGAGAAUGGUUCGGACCUUCUGCCACAGCUACAUGUAUACAAGCACUAUCAGAAGAAUACAAAGUCGCAGGAAUGAACGUCUACGUUAGCAGUGACAGCACAUAUGUCUACGAAGACAAAUUCAAAGCAGUUGCAUACAACCAGCCAGGUCACAUGAGACCUACCCUGAUACUUCUCGGAACAAGGCUAGGAAUCGACCGAAUCACUCCAGUGUAUCGAAAGGGACUUGAAGAUCUGCUCAAGCUACCCCAGUCGCUGGGAAUUGCAGGUGGUCGACCAUCGUCGUCACAUUACUUCAUUGGCGUCCAGAAUUCAUUCUUCUUCUACCUCGACCCUCAUCACACCCGUCCCGCGCUUCCUCACAAAGUAGAUUCCGCAUAUACUCAAGAACAAGUCGAUAGCUGUCACACCCGUCGCCUUCGACGCAUUCACAUCGACGAUAUGGAUCCCAGCAUGUUGGUUGGUUUUUUGAUACGAGACGAAAACGACUGGAUCGACUGGAAACGGCGGAUCGCUUCAUCACGGGAAGGGAAUGGAAAAGCGAUAAUUCACAUCAUUGACACCGAAAGCGUGCCGACACCGACGAUGGAGCGAGAAGCGGCGCUGGACGAAGUCGAAGCUCUCGAUGACGACGACGAUAGCGAGUUAGUGUAG